AUGAAGGAGAAAGGAUUCUUCGUUGUGUCUGCUGACCUCCCACUGAAUGCGGAGAGGUACAUCCUCGAGCGUGACAGCAAGGCGUUCAGAGACCUGCUCAGCCGGACCCUUAAAAUCGGCACCAUGGAGUUUGUGGAGGCCUGGACCUCACCUGAGGGCUCACAGGUGGUGCGGCUGGUCACCAGCCCCGACUUUGGGGCCUGGGUGCCCAAAGCACUGCAGAGCCAGGCUAGCUUCCAGAAGCUGGAGUUUCACGAUAUCAUUGAGUACGCUCCCUCGGACCUCGCCAGGCCCCCCUACUCCCUGUCCGUGUGCACCGAGAGCCCCAUGCUGGGGCACAAGCUGGACAUCCGGCUGCGCCUGACGGUGGCCCCCACCGGCCCCGACGCCUGCCGCCAGACGCUGGAGGGCCGCAUCCGGGUGGGCAUCUUCGGCCUGGGCCGCAUCGUGGAGGGGAUCGUGAAGGACCAGCUGGCCGCGACAUACCGCCGGCUGCCCUCCAUCGUGGGGGCCUGGUGCACCUACCGACAAAAGUGCCUGGCGGCGGGGGAGGGCUGGCGUCUUCUGGCCGGCAGGCCGCAGGUGGGCAUGGGCGUGCCCUGGAUGGAGGCCGCGUCGGACUCGGGCCAGACCUCCCCGCGCCCGACCUGGGAGGGAAGGAGGCCGGGGCCGACUCCCGCGACGCCCUCUACCCCCGACGCGUCGGUGCACUCCGCCUCCGUCACCCCAGCAGCCACAGAGUACAUGUGA